AUGAUUGCAAAUGAAGAGGGUGUGAAGGUAGAAGUUGGAAAGACUACUCGAGAUGAAUGUAAGUAUUGCGAAUCUGAUCUAGCUUGCAAUUCGACUAAGAAUGGGACUAGUACUCUGCAAAAACACCUUGAAUUGCAUUGUUAUAGUUAUCCUGGUAGUGCUAGAAACUUAAGAGAGGGUCAGAAGCAUUUUGUUGUGGAUUUAGAGGGUAAAGAUGUUGUUGUUACACAUUGGACACAAGAAAAUUGCACUAAUGCUGCUGUUGAAAUGAUUGUGAUUGAUGAAAUGCCAUUUUCUGCAAUUGAAAAGAAUGGUUUUAGGAUAUUUUGUGCUGUUGCUGUUCCUAAGUGGAAAAUUCCUUCUAGGAAAGUUGUGGUAAAGUCUUUCUUAACAUAUGAGUUGAAGUUGGCAUUUGAUAGGCUAGCAGAGGAUGAGGAAAGUAAGUAUAAAGGCUACUUUGAUGAAGAUGAAUAUGAAGAAGAUGAUGAUGAUGUGUCUGAAUUGGUAAUUGGUGUUGAGGCAGAGGGGGCUGAGGGGGCUGAGGGGGAGAAAAGGGAAAGAAAAAACAAAGGGAAAAAGAGAGUUGGGCCUCCAAAUGAGGAAGAUUGGUACAGGGCUGAGGCUUUUAUUAAGUUCUUGAAAGUAUUUUUUGAUGUCACUCUUAAUGUUAGUUGCACUAACACACCAACUGCACAUAAAGCAUUCAGUGAGAUUGUGACAAUCAAGUGUGAAAUUGAUGAUCUGUUUGAUGCACCAUUGACAAACCAGAGCACUGAUUAUGAGAGGACUUUGUUUAAUAUGUCUGUGCAAAUGAGAAGGAAGUACAGGAAGUACUUUGAUACUAUAGAUGAUGUGAACAAACUUCUUCUUGUAGCUUUGGUGUUGGACCCUAGAUAUAAACUUAGGUAUUUCUCAAGGGUUCUUCAAAAUAUGUUGCAACAUGACAGUGAUUAUGUGAAGAGAAAAACAGAAGAACUUAAAGAUUUGAUUGUCACACUCACUGAUUUAUAUGCAUCAAUGAAUGGUGGUCAAAGUAGUAACACAAAGAGAGUCUUGGGAGAUUCUGAAGCUGGACAGAAAGAAGGUAGCAUCAGGUGUCCAUCCAUGAAGGUGACAGGGAGAAGGGCAAUGAUGAUGGAAGAUUGGCAGAAGGAUCUUGAAGAUGGAAAUGCAAUUGUAAUUGCUUAUGAAGUGGAUAGAUACUUGCUUGAUCCUAUAGAGAAACCUAAGGGUGAUUGGGAUAUUCUGAAUUGGUGGAAGUUAAAUGGAGUGAAGUAUCCUAACUUGCAAGCUCUUGCCAAGGAUGUUUUGGCAAUCCAAGUCAGUACUGUGGCAUCUGAGGCUUCUUUUAGCACUGGAAAAAGGGUGAUUGAUCCUCAUAGGAGUUCAUUAACUCCUAGGUCAGUUGAAGCAUUGAUUUGCCUACAACAAUGGUUGAAGUCAGAUUCUAUUAGCAGUCUUGCAUACACCCCCACUCCCGAGGAAAUAGAAUGGUUGGAGAAAACAGAGCAAGAGCUGGACCAAGAAGAAAGGGAGCUGAAGGAUAAACUAGAAGAAAAAAAAGACAAGGAAAGCAAAACUUCAAAGGCUAACAAAGGAUUUGAUGUUGGAAAAUCAUCUAAGAACACUCUAAAAAAUAGUGUGGUGUGA